AUGAGGCUACUUCCUCGUACAGACGCCGUCUCAGUUGACCCCGAAGAAGCUCAGAUACUUGUGUCUCAAGCUUUCGUAUCACAAUGCUUCCAAGUGUUCACCGUCACCGUGAUAGCCUAUGACAUUAUGACGACAAUGGAUAACGAGAUCAAAUAUUUUUGGAAAACUCCCAUCAAAAUGCCCACUUUGGUGUACUUUGCAAACCGCUAUAUAGGACUUCUCGGUGCUGUGUUCUAUUCGUUUUUCAACACCCUAGAUGCGAGUCCUGCAUUACAUCUUAAUGCUUCGAGUCUGCGCAUUGUUCUCUCAAGAGAGGGUAAUAUCAUUAUUUCUGAAAGUUCUUCUGGCUUUGGCAGCCGUGCUCAAGAUGGGAAUAACCAUUUAUGUCGUCCAAACAUUGUCUUCGACUCAUUUUAUUCCCGGAAAGAUACUGCUGGAGAAAUAGGAGGAAACAUCAGGAUAUGUGGUUUCAUUGGCUCAGAGCCAGUACAAUGGGGUAUGGCGGGCUGGAUUGUCCCUCUCAUAUAUGCAGCCAUUCUUAUGACUAUGGCCCUUUACAAAGCCGCUGAAUUCUGGAGACUGUCUUCCGGGUUGACAGGGUUCACACUCGUCAAAGUGCUUGUUGUUGAUCAGUUCCUGUAUUUUGUGACGAAACCCAUCUUUCCUCAGCCUCCUUGGGAGCCGGCUUUUGGUAAACUUGAAAAAGGCAGGGGAAAGGGGACUGAAUGA